GCGACGAGAAACGAAGCGAUGGAUCGUGGCUACUGCGUGUGUGCGAGUCGUGAGGCCUCUCGGUGUGUGAUGGAUGCCAGCGACGCUGAGGCUGGGUACCGCGACGUGACUUCUAGGAACCCGCGUAACUGUCCGUGGAAGGAAUUCAAUAUCGUAAACGAAGAGGCCCGCUCAAUCUAUAAAAACGUAGGAAGACAAGAAGAUAGGUGACCGUACACGACCGUAGGCCACGGGGCAACGAAGAAGAGCAGCAAAGGGAAGUCGUGAAGCUUGCAGCAGGCACUAGGCGUGUUGCAGCAAGGCUAUCUUCACUCUUAACAUGUGCGCAACUCUCUGCUACUACUAUACAGAGCAGAGCCACAUCACGAUCCUACGCGCCAGCCUCAAACGAGGGGA